AUGGAUGUUGACUUGAGUAAGACUGCUGGAAAACCCAUUCGAUGCAAAGCUGCGGUGGCAAGGGAAGCAGGGGAACCACUGGUGAUAGAGGAAGUGAUCGUAGGUCCUCCAAAACCUGGAGAAGUUCGGAUUAAAAUCAUAUGCACUUCACUUUGUUUUAGUGAUAUCUCCUUCUGGAGACUAAAGAGAAUAUUGGGUCAUGAAGCAGUUGGAUUCUUACACUUUGUGUUCUUAAGGGUUGUGGAAAGUAUCGGAGAGGAUGUCCACGGGCUAAGCGAAGGGGACAUGCGUAGACUCUUCACCGAGUACACGGUCGUGGAUGUUGCGAAUUUGACCAAAAUUGAUCCUGCAAUUCCACCAAAUAGGGCCUGCCUCCUUAGCUGUGGAGUGUCUACUGGUGCUGCUUGGAGAUCAGCAGAUGUUGAAGCUGGUUCAACAGUUGCUAUAUUUGGUCUUGGAGCAAUCGGAUUGGCGGUUGGAGAAGGAUCAAGACUUUGUGGUGCUACAAGAAUCAUUGGAGUAGAUAUAAAUCCUAGCAAGUAUGAGAUAGGGAAAACAUUCGGCGUCACUGAUUUUGUGGACUCCACAACUCUUGUAGAUAAAUCUGUGAUCCAAGUGAUCAAAGAAAUGACUGAUGGAUGCGUUGGUAUGGCUUCGCUGGUUCAUGAAGCAUUUUCUUGUUGCCUAAAGGGAUGGGGAAAGACAGUUUUAUUAGGAGUGGACAAACCAGGAUCACAGCUCAUUUUCGCCUCAACUGAGGUCCUUCACAGUGGCAAAACAAUCCAAGGAUCUUUAUAUGGAGGGCUUAAACCCAAAACAGACAUCCCUAUUCUAGUUCGAAGAUAUUUGAACGAGGAACUGGAACUGGACAAAUUCGUGACUCAUGAGGUUGGAUUUGAGAACAUUAACAAAGCCUUUGAUCUAUUGCUUGAAGGAAAGAGCCUUCGAUGUGUGAUUUGGAUGGACAAAUGA